AUGGAUUCCCUGCUCUGCCUGCCGAAUGAGGUUCUCCUCGAAAUCUCCAUUCACUGCGGAAUCACGGAGAUGUCCCAGCUGACGCAGACCUGUUGGCGGCUGCAUGAUGUGCUUAAUCCCGUACUUUAUCGUCGCUUUGCGCGUAGGUCGCUCCCCCACGCCGCCGAACACAACAACGAGGCCACGGUAGAGCGAGUCUUCCAGUACACGAUCCCUAGACAGCACAAACUCAGCAGAUCCCUUGCGCUCGCCUGCGAGGGCGGGCACGCGGCGAUCGUGCGCAUCCUGCUCGCCUGGGGUGCACCCCCCAAUGGCCUGCGACGCCCCUGUCAACCACAUUACAAACCCCUAGCGACCGCUGCGAAUUCCCGGCGUCUAGAGAUAGUUGAAAUCCUGCUUGCGAGUGGCGCGCGUCCUACAGGCUACCAUCCGAAGAUGUUAGCCAAGAUAAUCAGCCACUGCACCCAAUCACCCACCUACACCGAUCCCACCGGGGGCAGCUGGCGUCGUCCGAUGGACGAUCCGCGUAUCCUGCAGCUCCUCGUGCAGCAUGGAAUGCACAUCGAGCCGGACUCGGACAUCCUAGAGAGUGCCCUGCGAGAAAAUGCUCCGUUCGCGACCAUCGGUGUCCUCCUUGACCUUGGGCUGGACCCGAACCAGCCGGCAGAUGUUGCACGGCGGCCUCUACUGGAGGUUGUCAAGCAAACCAACUCGCGGUUCGAGGACGACUGCGUGGAGGUUAUCCACAAGUGCGUUCAGCAUGGCGUUGACAUCAAUGCUCGGUUGCCUAAUGGCGAGACCGUGCUACAUAGGGCUGCGGCCAAGCCAUUGCCGGUCGUCGUCCGGGCACUCCUCACCGCUGGCGCUGAUGUGAAUGCCCGUGAUAACCGCGGUACAACACCUUUGAAUGUUAGGCGUCAUUAUAGUGCCGACUUGCCAGAUGUACCGCGGACUUUGCUCGAGGGUGGAGCGGAUAUGGCCGCCGUGGAUAAUCAGGGCAGAGCGUAUGUUCUAGAGAACGUUAUCGAGGAGGAGAAUAAAGGGUCAAUGAGAGUACUUUUGGACCACGGCCUUGAGUCGGCGCCAGCGGUUGACGUUUCGGACUUGAUGGUCACUGCUGUUGUCCUGGAGGAUGUUUCGGCCGUGCGACGACUCGUACACAACUUCCCAGAUCUCAGGAUGGAUCGCGGAAGGGACCGACAUGGCAAUCUGCCGCUUCAUCGCGCAGCUCGAUACGGACUUGACGAGAUUAUCAGCAGUCUACUGCAACAUCGGUACACCGUUGAUAUCCAAAACACGGAGGACGACUCGGCACUUCAUCUCGCUCUGCGCACGGGGAAGGAGUCAACAGCUAGACUUCUAAUGCAAUGUCCGCCUAUAAAUGAAUUCCUGAAUACCCGCAACAGAAUGUUCAUGACGCCCCUGUCAAUCGCAGUUCAGUCCCAGCCCGUGGGUAUCAUCGAAACCCUCCUUGACAAAGGGUGCAAUCCCCUUACAUGCCCUGACUUUCAACGCCAAUCACUCCUCCAUCAUGCAGUACGAAGAUCAGACCCGGCAAUAACGAAGUUACUACUCGAGCAGGGGGCCGCGCGGGAUGGUAAUAACUACGCCGGCGAGACACCAUUUGGAAUCGCCCUACGUCUUGGGCGUGGGGAUCUGGUCCAGCUCUUCCUCGAGCACGGAGAGUCCCCAAACCGCCGCAACGCCAAUGGGAACACAGGCCUCAUGGCUGCAGUUCUCUCGGGGUCACUGCCUGUAGUGAAGCAGCUGGUAGCAGCCGGAGCAGAGCUAGAGGCUGAGAACGACAGCAUGCUAAGGCAAGGAUGCACCGCGCUGAUGAUGGCAAUGGACAUGUCUGAGCCCGAUAUCGCACAGUUCCUGUUUGACUCUGGGGCCAGCGCGGCAGCCAAGAAAACAGGAGGCAAGUCGCUGCUUGUGCGUGCUAUUCAGCGGAAGUGGCCGGGGCUGGCCCUUGGUAUGCUCAAGAGGCAUGGAUCCACGCUUGACAUUGAGGGUCUGCCAUCAAAGGGUAUUAAACGAACGGCAUUGAGUUGGGCUGCCUCGCUUGGUUACGUUGGUGUCGUGCAGCAGCUUCUCAAGCUCGGGGCAGACCCAGCGCACUGUGACCCUGAUGGGCGUUCGGCCCUAUACUGGGCAACGUAUGGGGGGAACAUGGAGAUAAUUUGUAGUGUUGUAGAACGGAUGAAGAGUGACGGGCAGGUGGAUAUCAAGGCUGAUAUAUUAGAAGAGGUGGCGCGGCAUCGUAGGGACACAUUCAAGCCGUGGAUGGCUGGUGACACAAUGUUAUUCUGA